AUGGUCCCCCGCACAACCCUAAUCAAGCCAGUCCAAUCCCUCCUAACUGCCCUCACACAACCAUCCUCACCAGACACCCUCCUCUCCACAUUCACAACUACCCCAACACCCCUAUGCCACGAACACGGCCUCCCCCAAUUAGCCCCCUUCCUCGGCCGCUCCUUCACAGGCCGAGACGGCAUCGCCCGCUACUUCGGCCUUUUAUCCGAACACCUCGAUAUCAAGAACAUGACUUUCGAGCCUGAUGACGCUUGGGUGGUUGAUGACGUCUCUAUGGCGGUUUGUUUGCGAGGGAGUGCAAAGUUUGUUUGGAAGAGAACGGGGCAAGCGUGGGACGAGACGUUUGUUUAUCGGAUUGCCGUUGCGGAGGAUAUUAGAGAUGGAUCAAAGGGGGAGUUGAAGGUUUGUGAGUAUAGGGUUUGGGCAGAUACCGGGGCGGCGUAUCUGGCUAGGCUUGGGAGAUUGGGGGAGCUGGUUACAGUCGGAAAUGGCAUUGGGAAUGGGGAAGGGAUUCAUGUUGGAAAGGAUGGUGAAGGCGAGACGCGGGGUGGGUUGCAUCGACAGAAGAAUAGCUCCGAUGAUGUACUUGGGAGCGGGUUGAAUGUCUACGGGAGUUGUGGGUGA